AUAAACUUCAAGGUCGGGACAUUAAAUUCGAUCAGUAAGUGCAAAUUGUAUCUUUUUUCAUGGCGGAUUUAAAACUUCUGAAUCGUGCGUGAGAUGGCUACUGUGGUUAAUGAAGUAGAAGAGGUAGCAACCGGUUGUUAUUUGCUUCAAUAAAAUGAAAUGUGUUUAACUACCAGAAGUCUGCAAGUGAAAGGGUACAAGAUAAAGAUAAUAAAGAGAAUAUUGAUUUACCCGAAUAGACAAUAUACAUCUACAUGCAGAGUAUGAGAAUAUAAAUGAAUUUCAAAUGGAGUAAUAAUACAAAUGAAAAUGCGGUGUAUUGUACUCAUGAUUUAUAUAAGGCUAGACUUGUGAAUGAAAAGUUGAUGUGAUGAUUCGAUUUUUAAGGACAGCUGUGUGGAAAUAGAAUAGAUCGUGAAUAGCUGACUGGUAUAUUUAAUUUAAAAAUCAAACAAGCAGCUUUGAGCUAAACAUUCCUUCUUAUUAUAUAAGAACAGCAUUGCAUUUCAUUUUGUUAAGUUCUGUAAACAUACGGGUUAAAGACGACAAAGAUACAUUUAUUAAGAAUGGCUGCUGCAUCAGUUUGCCUCACACCAACAGAAGAGAAGACCGAUUGUUUCCGGCUCUUGUCCUUGGUCAUGGACGGCGGAACAUUAGUUCUUCGGUAUAGAUUUGACAAAGCCAUCCCGCCAAAUGACUUACACAACAAACUGAAUGAUGUCAACAUACGUGGUAAACUGAACAAUUUGUUCACGAAGAAAAUUUUAAAACAAGCACAGUGGAACGUACUUUAUCCUACGAUAGGUCUGCCAAGCUCGACAAAGUUUGAUAUUUCUCUACUUUCGUGUUUGUUGAGGUAUAUAUGUGGUUUAGAUGAGAGCGCAAAUGCAUGGAAUUGUGUACCUCCAUCUUUCGACCAUUCGGUUGAGGCGGACGUCACAAGGCUUAGGCUACGCAGAAACGAGAUUUCACAUAUGGAAUCGGUCUCAUUAACAAAGCAGGACUUUCAAACGAAAUGGAACGAAAUAGAACAGGUUAUCCUACGUCUAGGAGCAGGAAUUGCUGACUUGUAUCAAGACAUACAAAAUUUAAAACACAAUAGUGUAGAUCCGGUCAAAGAAAAGACUUACAGAGAUAUAAUAAAAGAAUGGGAAAAGAUGGAUACGUCAAUGCGUCCAGAAAUUGUUGAAAUAAAGACUGAGUUGAGUGAAUGUGUAGACAACGUCAACGAACACAAAGACAAUUUAAAUCAAACACACAAACAGUGUCUACAAAAUAUGGUUGAAAUACAAACACUGGAACAACAUCAGUUGUCAAACAGCUCAAGUAUUAAACUGAUACAACAAGAUCUUCUUGCUCAAAAAGAUAAAAUAGACUGUAUAGAAACAAAACAAAAACAUCUUGAAGAAUAUGGUCAAAAUAGUAGAGAAACAUUAGACGAAACCCAAACAGUGAUUUACAAACGUUUAGAUGCUGCAGAUGUUAAGACUACUAGUAUUGCUACUUCUGUGCAACUACUGAAGUCAACAGAGGUACCACGAGUAUCGAGUGACAUGAAGCAUUUAUCGUCAAUAGCAAAACUUCACCUGCGUGAAUUUGCCUUAGACGAGGUGUAUGUUGACACGCAUUUGCACACUCAAGCUAAAGAGACAUUAAAGAAAACAAGGUGCGUAAUACUUAGCGGGCCGCCAGGCGAAGGCAAGACAUCCAUGGCCAAAAAAAUAAUCUGUGAAAUGAAAAAGUCUGAUACCUGUUUAAAGCUACAAGAGCCAUCUGACUGGAAACAUGUCGAUUGUAGUAAUACACAGUUUGAUACUGUGUUUAUAGACGAUAUUUUUGGUGCUGGAGCUUUGGAUGAAACAUUGCUUAAAAGGUGGUCACGGCUUUUACCGGAUAUAGAAAAAGCAGUUGAAACUAAAACGCUGUAUGUUAUAAUAACUACGAGACAUUACAUCCUAAAAGAAGCAAAAGAGAAAAUGAAAUAUCUAAAUCUUUUUAGUGAUGAGAAUAUUCAGCAGCUGGCGUCCUUUAAUCUAUCAAGCUCAGAGAGGGCUGAAAUACUCGAAGCACAUUUAAAGCAUGCACAAAAGGAGAUUCGUCCAGGAUUAGUUGAUGAAUGCAAUGCCAAAUACGAGCAUACAUUUGCCAAUGCGCAGUAUGACAUACCUGUUAGAUAUGGUGGGGAUUUUCCGAGAGAAAAUGGCAGAUACAUCAAAGCGAUGAUUGGAUUUCCAGAAAUUACAAGCUUGUUUUCAAAUCACCAGCAUUUAUUUGAAAUGGGGCCAUCUUUCUUUGAACAACCAUUGCUAUUUUUCAAAAACUGUAUGGAUGAGUUGAUUCUAAAUAGGGAGAAGUUUCUUGCACUUAUUCUGAUCUGGACAAGGCAAGGAUAUUCAUUAAAUAUCAAAGACCUCGAACCACCAGACAUAUCGACUGAAAUUGAGGAAACGUCCAAGCGCUUUGGCUUCAAAUUGAAGGAAAAAAGAGUUGUCGCCCUUCGUGACUCUCUGAAGUACCACGAGGGAGGAUUUCUUCGUUUCGAUAGGACGACAGGAAAUCAUACAUUUUGUCAUAACAUUGUAAAAGAAAUGGUUGGUCUCGUUGUGGGUCAAAAAUAUACUAACGCGGUACUUGUGUUUGCCAAUGAAGAAUUUUUGAUGCAGUACGUUACUACAAAUACAGAAAAAAAAGAUGCGUUUCACAUUUUCAUCGACGAAUUUCGGUUUCAAAACUUGAAUACCGCAGUAUGCAAAACGUUUACGACCAUCUGUACACAUGUUAACGAAACAAAUAUUCCUGAAACACAACCAAAGUUUGUUAAUGAGUCUUAUUCCACAGAAGAACUUUUAAAAUUAAUAUCUGGAGCAUUGGCGAAUAUGAGUAACCUUACAGUUACAGGGAGUUAUACACCACUACGUGAUCUACCAAUGUCUCUAGGUGAUGAUGAAAUUAACGUUUCAAUUCUUCAACACGACUGUUUCAAUAACCCUGUGUUUGUUAAUACAUUUCUACAAAGUAGAGAGGGCAAAGAUACUUUGUUGAAACCAGUCAUUACUUUCAGGAAACAGUUUGGUUAUUACGGAAUAAAUCUUGGAAGAAAGGAUUUUAGUGUCUAUCUGCCGACACGCUCACUUCUUGAAGGAAAUUCAAUGUUGUUAAAGGCAUUUAUAAAGCAAGGACAACACAGAUAUAUUGAAAAUCCAUCAGAUUUUCUUUACAUCUCUUUACUGGUAGCCGUACACCAAAAGAUGAAAGAUGUUGUUGAGGUCCUAUCAAUGCAGGGAACCAGCAUCACUGACGAUGCAGUACUAAUAAGUGCUGAAAGAAAUGAUAUAGACAUGUUAUGCUUUCUGCUUCGAAAUCCACAAUACCACAAAACAGCGCAGUCACAUAUUAUCAACAAAAAUAGUCCGUUAAUCUCGGCAGCAAAGAGGGGCAUUGUGCCAGCAGUGACGUGCCUUCUGCACCAUGGCGUUGAUAUAAACUAUAGAAACAAAAAUAACAAAUCCGCACUAGAUAAAGCUAUCUUACAUAAUAAACCAGAAGUAUGCAAGGUAUUGCUUGAAAACGGAUCAAAUGUCAAUUUAAGAACAGGAAAGUUCAAACGAACACCUCUACACACAGCUGCAGACACUGGAAAUAAGCAUAUAUCUGAGUUACUUCUCAAACAUGGUGCUUCUAUACGUAUAAAAGAUUACAGAGGGCAUUAUCCGAUUCAUUGUGCAGCAAUACGAGGCAACAAAGACAUCGUCAAAAUAUUCCUUAAAGCAGACAUGUCACAAACUACAAUGAAAAUUACUUCAUACGGAACUGAAUCGGUAAUAAAGGGUAUGGAUUUGUUUCACAUCGCAGUAUGGAAAAAUGAUGUGGAAAUUUUGAAUACACUUUUGAAAUUUAAUGCUAAUCCUGACAUACGCGAUUAUUACGGGAGGACACCUAUUUACUGCGCUGUGUUUAAAACGUUGAAUGAUGGAUACAGAAACGAGUUGGAGAAAAGAAGGAAUCAUGAAAUUAUCGACGGGCUCCUAAAAGUUGCAAAUGUAAAUCUAGCCGACAGAAAUGGUUACACACCAUUACAUGCUGCAAUACACAGAGGUAACACGGACAUAGCGAAACAGAUUUGUACUUUAGCUAAUGUCAAUGCGAAAGACAGAUAUGGUAAAACACCAUUACAUACUGCUUGUGAAAAGGAAAACCUUGAAUUAGUCAAGUUGCUGGUACAGACUUAUCACGCUGACGUACGGAUGCUAACUGAUAAGGGUCAGUCGAUUAUGCAUAUUUUGAUGGGGAGGAUUUUAUGUAAAGAGGGACCAGCAAUAGGACCAAGACUGAUAAAAACAAUGCCAAGACACGUUCUUGUAAGAGCGGAACAUUUUCUGAAGCAGUCCCAUAACCAAACAUGGAACGAUUUUGUGCAUAUUAUUGAAGGGAAAGAUCCAGAAUUUGCACAAAACUGGAUAGAUUUUCAGUGCCGAUUUUCGUGUGUGAAAUAGUUUGACAAUGCUACUUGAGAAUUUUUCCAUGGUAAUAGGAAACCCAUUUCUCCGCAUCUGCCACAGAACCCAAAACAUUUUACAAGAUUCUUAGUAUUGAUAAGAAUAGCGUCUCAAAAGAAUAUCGUUAUUUGUUUGAAAACGUGUUGAAGUUAGUUUUAAUUAGAUGUAUGUCAUAAAUGUAGAAAAUGUAAGUGCAAAUGUAACCAGUAUUUAUAAAAUGGACAAAUGGGAAAUAGGAAAUCAAGUUUUGAAAACAUUUCUGUCAGUUCAAGGACACUGUUUUAAAAGCAAAAACAAGUUUGGCAAGAAAAGAAACCUCUGGAGAACACAACCAUCGAAAAAGAAAACUUUGAAAUAAAGGGGCAAAGAAUGUGUGGAGUAUGAAGGGGCAAAGAAUGUGUGGAUUAAUAAGCGAAAUAAAAAAUGUAUUUAGAAUAUUUGUCGUAUAAAUUAACCAUUUGAAUCUAAGUAUCUUACGGGUAAAUGGAAAAGUUAAAUGUUCAAAGUGUAGAGUCAGUACAUUAUACUAGAAGAUACGAAUGAAAAGAACCAGAUACUAUAUUAGCAUAACUGAUAUCAUUACUGUAUGAUAUUAAUUUGUUUUACUGAAUCGAUGUUGGUCGUGAGAA